AUGAAUUCACUCUUUCUCAUAUUCGUAUACACUAUUGCCCUGCUAUACGAAUCUGCAAGUCCAGCACGCACAGACGAAAAGGAUACGCAGUAUAAGUGCGGAAAACGCCAAAAAGAAAAACAUAUUUCUGGAAGAAUCAUCAAUGGUACCGAGGCUCACCCGGAACACUGGCCCUGGAUGGUCGCAAUCUAUAAUUCAAACGAUACCUUACUAUGCGGUGGGGUCUUAAUUGGCGAAGAAUAUGUGAUAACGGCAGCACAUUGUUUUCUAAAUAAAGACGCUCAUGAGUUUUCAGUUCGUCUUGGAACCACACUCGAAACCAAUGUUUCUCAAUGCACCGCUCCACAAGAUUCUAAUAUACGCAAAAAGAAAACCAGAAAUGCAGAAGUAUCUCCAAAAUUAGAUCAAGAAUACAAUGACAAUCCUGAAAGACAGGUGAUCUGCGCUGAAGUUGACAGUAUCUGCACCCCUAUUCAAAACAACUGUGGCCUUUUCAUGAAAGACAUUGCUGUUGUAAAAUUAAAAACGAAAGUCAACUAUACUGACUAUAUUCAGCCAAUCUGCCUUCCGGAAAACUGUGUCGAUCCUCCUGCAAACAGCGCAUCCUAUGCUGCUGGCUGGGGAGGAAUAUAUGGUUGAUCAGACGGCGAUUGAUGUUUCACAGAUGCUGGCAUGACCAAUAAGGCCCUGGAAUGUACAAACAUUCGAAUGGCCUUUGAGUAUCACAAUUCAGAUAAAUAUGAAGAAACAAAAUUGGUCGUAUUUCGAUACGCAAACACACUGAUGGAACGAAAAUUACAUCUCAUGGAUCAGGAGCAAUGCUCUGCCCAAAUGAAAAGCGAAGUUCCUGGCUACAUCAUUUGCACGAGUGGAGGAGCAUGUUAUGGAGACAGUGGAGGACCCUUGAUAUACGAAGAUAACGGCCGGUGGACUCUUAUUGGUGUGAUUUCUGACGGACCAGAUAACUGCCUUUACCCGGAGAGACCUCUACUCUUUGUGAAGGUCUCGCACUUCGUAGACUCGCUUAUUUCGAAAUUUAUGGAGCCUGGAAGUCACAGUGACAAAAAUUCCACGUGUGCUACGGAGAAUGCCCGUAAAGAGUGUGUAACGAAGUUCUAUCAGUUCUACAACCAGUCUGUAGAACCAUAA